AUGCAAGGCUCUCGCCUUUCGUGGCUGCUUGCCGCCCUUGUCCCCUUUGCCCUUGGUCAGACAAUUGACGUCGACGGCGAGGCCGUUCCUGCUGACGAGAGCAAUGUUGCCCCUGCAUGGGCGAGUCCAUUGACUGCAGCUUCAAAGAACUCCAACGGCCCUCAAUUGACUGACGCUGUGCUCGCCAAUCUCACCGAUCUGAACUUGAGUGACAUUGAGCUCUUCUACUUUGCCGACACCAAGACUGCCAGCAAACGGCACGCUGUUUCGGACUCAAAGUGCAAAGUCUUCCCUGGCGAUAAGAAAUUCCCCUCCAAGAUCAUCUGGAAGGUCCUCGACCUUCUUACUGGAGGUGCACUUAUCAGCACUGUUCCUCUCGGUUCAGCUUGCUACAAGGGAGAGCACUAUGAUGCGGAAAAAUGUGAAUUUCUUAAAGACAAUUGGCAUAACUCCACCACUCAUAUCGAUGAUCCUACCUCGGUCAUGUCGCCUCUCUUUGAGGGCGCCACUUGUGAGCCCAGCAAUGCCGAAUCUGGCUCCAAGUGCACCAUCGGUGGCUUCCCAUUGUACGCUGUCAAGGCCACCAAUGCUGCUCAGAUCCAGCUCGCCGUCAACUUUGCCCGCAGCCUGAACCUUCGACUUGUCGUACACAACACCGGUCAUGACUUCCUUGGCAAGAGCACUGGUGCUGGUGCUCUUAGCAUCUGGACUCAUAACUUGAAAGACAUCAAGUUCACAAAGAACUAUCGUGGUGCCAGUAGCUAUACUGGUCCUGCGUUCAAGAUCGGCGCCGGUAUCCAGGUCAAGGACUUGUAUGAGGCUGCUGACCGUGAAGGCUACACUGCUGUUGGUGGAGAAUGUCGCGAUGUUGGUGUGGCCGGUGGUUACCUUCCGGGAGGUGGUCACUCCCCUAUCAGCCCUAUCGCUGGUCUUGCCGCCGACCAGCUUCUGAGUGUUGACAUUGUCACACCCGAUGGUCGUUUCGUGACUGCUGACGAGAAGCAAAACACCGACCUCUUCUGGGCCAUUCGUGGCGGUGGUGCUGCUACAUGGGGUGUUGCUGUCUCCAUGACUGUCCGUGUUUACCCUAAGAUGUCCUUCGCUGGUAUGACUUGGAGUGUCAACACCAAGGACGUCGGCAUCUCAGAAGAGGCUCUCUUCAAGGCGCUCGAGGCCUACUGGCGUCGCUUCCCCGAGUACUCUGACAAGAAGAGCUACGGCUACAGCUUCCUCUUCCCUGCUGGCAACGGCAGCUACCUCUGGACUAUGAACCCUUGGAUGAUCCCCAACAUCUCCAUUGCUGAAUUCAAAAAGAUGGUUCAGCCUCUUCUUGAUGAGUGGAAGGAGCUUGGUGUUGACCCCAAGCCCGAGUUCUUCCAGCACGAUAGCUUCUAUCCCGCCUGGAAGAAGCACUUCCCUGCAGAGAACGUUGGCAACUACAACGGCCGCUCUGGUUCUCGUCUCAUCCCCCGUAAGAAUUGGGACGACCCUAAGCUUCUUGACAAGACUAUCAAGACUCUCAAGAGUAUCCUCUCUGAAGAUGGUGUCUUGAUCAUCUACAACAUCAACGCCAAGCAGACAAAGGAUACUCCUCCUAACUCUGCUAACCCUGCUUGGCGCGACGCCAACAUGUUUGUCAUCACAGCCCUCAACUGGGACAUCAACGGCCCCGAGGAGGAGAUUGCUGAGGUAAACAACAAGAUCACUUUUGACAUCAUGGAGCGUCUCAAGGCUGUUACCCCCGGUGGUGGCGGCUACGGUAACGAGGGUGACGUGAUGGACCCUGACUUUGGUCAAUCUUUCUUUGGAUCCAACUACGAGAAGCUGUAUCAGCUGAAGCAAAAGAUUGAUCCUUACGGUGUCUUUUAUGCUCCUACAGCUGUUGGCAGCGAGGACUGGUACAUCACUGGCCAGCCAGCUUACGUGACCAAGCAGACUGGUCGACUCUGUCGCAAAUAG